GCGGUUUAACUUACAGUGACAGCUCUUUGACGUCUCUUUUGUCACAAAUUUACUGCCAAGCUCCGUAGUACCGGUCUAUUUCAAUAGUUGUUGACAAAAAAGAAAUGUUCGCCGAAAAAGUGCAACAGCUAAUACAAUUGCUUGAAAAACAGGAAUUAGAGGCUGAAAACGGCAUAGUCAGUCCACAGCUGUAUCUCGAGCUGUUUGCUGCGUAUUUGUAUCAAAAUGAUCUAUGUAACGCAAGGUUUCUUUGGAAGCGAAUACCCCAGAAUGUAAAGAGUGGUAACGCGGAACUCACUAGGAUUCACAACGUAUAUUUGGCCCUCUGGAACAACAAUAGUCCCGAAUUUUUCAAGGCGAUUGAAUACGAAUGGUCCAGCAACAUUGCGGAACUAAUUUUCGAAUUAAAAGAAAAAGUGAAGCAGGAAACAUUGGAUCUGAUUGGGAUGGCGUAUAGUUCUAUUUUCGAGAAUGUGCUUAUAGAGAUGGCUAACAUUACGCCCGACAAAGUGACAGAAGUAUGCAGCCAGCUGGACUGGAAGGUCGAAAACGGCAAUUUCCCACGUCUCAUUAUCCCCAAACGUCGCCCUGUAGAACAGAAGAUCACGACCACCUCUGAAGAUCAGCUUUUCAUUUUAACUGAUUUCGUUUCGUUUUUGGAAAAUUAAAGUUUUGUACAUAAAAUUUAA